AUGUGCUGUGCGUUUCUUACAGCAGGGGCUACUGCACACAGCAUCAGCCGUCGGGCUGUGAAGAGGUUUGGAAAUGCCUUUGAAUGUAAUCCCAAGAGUGAUUUAGAGACACUGGUGCAUGAACCCGAGAAAAAUUUCUUUUCGAGGACCAUUCAUCCCUUGUCGGUGUACAGAGCAUUUGGCUGCUUAUGUCCCGGACUCCUAAGAAUCAGCCCUCAUGAGAUUCAUAAAUUCAGGUGCUGCGAGAAUCAUAAAAGGUGCUAUGAAGAGGCGAAGAAGCUUGGAGACUGUAAAAUUUACGAAGACAACCGCUAUGACAUUCCCUAUUAUUACUUCUGCUCUGGGAGGAAGCUCAUCUGCAGGGAUAAAAACAAUGCCUGUCAGGAUGCCAUCUGCAACUGUGACCGCAACGCUGCCAUCUGCAUCUUCAGGAAACUCUCUGACUCGACGUUCAAAGGCUUUGGCGACAACACCUUCUGUUAG